GAGACCUGAAGAAUAAGAGUGUAGUUGAGUAUGAUGACCUCUUCAAGCCAUGUCCCAUCACAAAUGAGGAUGUCAGAGCUGUGUUGAUGAAAGGGUUACCUGGAAUUGGUAAAACAACUGCAGUGCAGAAGUUUGUUUUAGACUGGGCAGAGGGCAGAACACAUCAGGACAUCACUUUUGUUCUACCCUUCAGUCUCACAGAGCUGAGCUUGCUGAAGACUAACAAAUGCAGCCUGAAGCAGCUUUUGAAUUUGAUCUUUCCAGAGCUGAUGGACACAGACACUCUCAACCAUGCCAGAGUCCUGUUUGUGCUUGAGGACCUGGACAAAUGCAGACUCAAACUGAAAGUCUGGAACACAAUAUCCUGUGGUGAUCCUGAGAAGAAGUUGCCGCUGAGCGAACUGCUCGUAAACCUUCUGAGAGGGGACUUCUUCCCAAAAGCCCAGAUCUGGCUAACAUCAAGUCCAGAGGAAUGUGAUUUCAUCCCUUCUAAAUAUGUGCAGCGGGUUGUUGAGAUUCAGGGUCUGGAUGAUGUUGAGUGGGAGGAGUAUAUUAGAAGAGCUGUGUGUGACAGUAGUGUAGCUGCAACAGCGAUCAUUCAUGUCAAGUCAUCACAUAAUCUGUACUUCAUGCGUAAUCUACCAGGCUUUUGUCAGAUUGCUGCCACUGUGCUGGAAGAAGCUAUCACAAAGACACCUGCCACAGAGCUACCGCUGACUUUAACAGAGAUGUACACACAUUUCCUGCUCAUUCAGAUGAGGAAACAGGCUAUUCAUCAACAAGCUGCAGCAAACCUGAGGAAGACAGAUGCUGAGGAGAUCCUAAAAUUAGGCAAACUAGCAUGGCACACCCUUGAGAACGACAGUUUGACUGUAUUUGAAGCAGACCUAAGAAACAGUAAUAUGGCUUCAUCAGUUGCAGCUGAACUCUCACAGAGGUGGCCUGCAUUGUUUAAAGAGAAAGAACUGACUCAAGGGAAGGUAUAUCAAUUUCCCUUCCAGAGCAUUCAGUCGUACCUGUCUGCACUGUAUGUGGCUGUAAAUUAUGAGCCCAGCAAAGGUAAUGUGCUUCACUAUACACUGGCAGAGAGAGCAAAGCAACUGUUCAAAUCAAGAGAAGCUCAAUGUGAUAUGCACAAAACAGCCGUAGAUAAAGCUUUACGGAGCAAAAAAGGCAAAUAUGAUUUCUUCCUCAUCUUCCUCAUUGGAAUAUCUGCAGGUCCCAGCUACAAGGACUUGUCAUGUUUUCUUCCUGAUUUGUGUGAAAGAGGGAACUCAGAGAAGAUUGUCCCUUACAUCCUGAAGAAGAUGCAGGGGUGCUCAGCUCUAAAUGAAUCGCUUACUCUUGUCCGCUGUCUGGAUGAAUUGAAUUUGUCCUACAUUUUGGGUCCAAAUAAAGUCCACAGGAUAGUCCAAGACAGCUUAAUGCCCUCAGAGUGGUCUGAUAUGGCAAAGACUUUGUUGAACUCUGAGGAUCAGCAGCAAAUUUUUGACCUUAAAGAAUAUCCCAACUCAGAAAUGGCUUUUGCGAGACUGUUGCCAGUUGUUAAGAACUCAAGAGUUCUAAGAAUCUGUGAGUGUUCAGAGAUGUGCUGGAUGUUACUUGCCACUGCUCUGAGAUCACCAUCCAACAACAUCAAAGAAAUUGACAUAGACGCUAACUAUAUGAGUGAAAAUGAAAAAGAAUUCUUCUUUGGAGGACUGAAAAGUUCCAACUGCAAAGUGGAAAUCCUCAGAUUACCAUACUUUCCCAAGCAUAAUGAUACAGGGACGUAUCCUCUGAUUUUGGGCCUUUUAUCCAACCCAUCUCAUUUAAGGGAGCUGGACUUGAAACAUGUUAUCGCUUUGAAUGCCAAGACAAAGAAAGCCCUGGCAACAUUACUAGUGAUGCCUGGAGCUCAUCUAGAGAAACUUGUGGCACAUGACAGCAGCCUUUCAGCAGACUUCUUCCAGAACCUGGCCACAGCACUCCGCAGCAGUAUGUGCAAUCUGAAAGAAUUAGAUUUGAAGCGUAUAUAUAAAUAUAAUGAUGAGGAGAAAAUUUUACCACUGUCGGAAGCACUGGGAGAUCCCUGCUGCCACAUUAGGGUUCUGAGGUUGGCUAAUUGCUUUGUGGGACAAACAGUAUUUACUGCAUUGGUCUCUGCUUUCUCCUUGAACCCUUCACACCUGAAGGAACUGGACCUGAGUUACAGCACACCUGGACUGGGCUUUUAGCCAGUUUUGCUCUUUGCUAGAAGACUCCCGUUUCAAGCUGGAGACCCUGAUACUGAUUCAGUUGGAAUGGUGGGACUAUGAAGCUCCAGCUUAUACCUGUACAUUUAGGUUGGUAUGAUCCAUCUAUUGACAGUAAUUGACAGUAUUUUAAUGCACAAAAGCACCGCUUACAACCCCAACUCUAAAAAGUUGGGAUUGUAUAGAAAUUUCAAAUAAAAAUAAGCGCAGACAUUUACUUUGACUUUUAUUUGAUUUCAAACAGUAUAAGAUAAUUCAUGAUUUAUCAGGUAAACUCAAUUCCUGCAUGUUAGGCCCGCAACACCUUUCAUAAACAGUUGGGAUUUACAACUGUAAUGUUGUAAUGCUGACGUUCCAUCUCACAACAAAAUAAAAUAUGUUCGACACCAAGGAUUUCAGGGGAUGAAGUAUAUCAGGUGUUAUUUUGUAAGGUGUUAAGAGGUAAUAUCUCAAUAUAAUUUCUGCAAUAAUGUUGCAACAUGGCAGUGACAAAACCGUGUACCAUGACCAACAUAAUUUUCUCACACGUUUGUUAUUUUUAUUAAAUACUUUAAAUACC